AUGACUAUUGGAGUGGAUGAAAUUCUGAAUAUCCAAAGGAAGUGCAAGGAAAGCUCCAGAUAUUGCAGCGCAUUUACUUUGCACUUUUCAGAUGCAAAUCAAUUACAAAAACUUACUAAGUCAGAGAACACAAAAAAGUAUGAUAUAGUGUCUGUAGUACCCAAGUCAUUCACUGCAUUCCAGCUGGCUUGUGCGUGCAAAGACAUUGAUCUCAUCAGCUUUGAUGCAAGUGAGCACCCAAUAUUCAUGAAUCGCAAGACAUAUAAUCUGGCAGUAGCAAAUAGUAUAUACUUUGAAGUACCCUAUGCACCUGCAAUAGCGGAUUCGGGAAAGCGGAGAACUACGAUACAAGUAGCACAUGCCUACCAUACCUACGGAAAGUCUAAGAAUAUUAUUCUGUCAAGUGGACCAUUACUGGGACUUUUCUCAAGCUCAGAAGUCCAUAUGCAUAGUUGCUAA